AUGUUGGAUGAUGAAGAUUACCAAAGCUUUCACGCUACGCGCGACGGCUACUCCUAUUUGAGCGAUGUCGAAUGGGAUGCGGUUGAACGGAUGGGUUCAACCAUAGGCAUCCAUGCUGUUAGCGUCCUGCUAGAGGCUCUCAAUAGAGAUGCCCAACAUGCUACUAUCGCCAAGUUCACUCAAAAUGAACUUGACGCUGAACACGAGAAAGUAGCCUUGCUUCACCAACAAGGCUCUCAACAAUCAGAGUUGUUGAGAGAACAGGGUGCUCACCAGUUUGAACUGUUGAGACAGCAGCAGGCUGCUGCUGGCGGGUCGAUGCACUCGCGUCGACCUGAGACAUUGAAGAUUGACAUCUCCAAGUAUAGGGGAGUCGAAGAGGACUCCCUCUUGAGAUGGUUCGUCGAAUUGGAUGACGCCAUAAGGGCGCGUCGCAUCGACGAAGGGGAUAUGCAAGUUGCAUUUGCCCAAUCAAAUCUGACAGGACGUGCCAAGACUUGGGCUUUGGGGCUCAAGUUGCACGACCCAUAUGCGUUUGGGUCGUUGGAAGUCUUCAAGUCGCGGCUCAGACAAACGUCUGAACCGCCUAGAGCUGAGUUCAGAGCUCGAACCGAACUCUUGAAUCUCAAGCAGGGUAAGCGUGAUGUGCACGCUUACGCGCAACAUAUACGACAUCUCACGAGUUGUAUAAGUUCCAAUCCGGUGGAUGAACACACGUUGGUUUCGGUGUUCAUGCAGGGUCUUGCGGAUGGUCCCGUCAAGACUCACCUGUUCCGACUUGAACUAGAUUCACUAGAACAAGCCAUUUCCAUUGCGGAACAGGAAGACUUCAAUCUGAGACAGGCUCGCGCCAGCUCGACAUCAUAUCGUCAACCGAGACGAUAUGACAGCGGAGGUUCAGAGCCGAUGGAACUCUGCUAUGUAGAGAGCGAGAAGGCUCGCUCUACAGGCUACAAGAAGUUGCAACAGAUGUCAAAAGACAGGACACUACGCUUACGAGUGUAG